AACGCCUCGCCGCCCCGCCGGAAGUGCUCCGGGAAACGCCCCGCGCCCAUCCGCGGAAAGAUGGCGCUGGAAGCCGGCGAUAUGGAGGACGGCCAGCUCUCGGACUCGAGCUCCGACAUGACAGUGGAGCUGGCCGACCGGCCGCUGCAGAAAGCACUUGGGGGAGACAGCACCCUAAGGGCCUUCCAGAGCUCUGCUGCAGCGUGUCUGCCUGUAUCACACUAUCGGACUGUUAAAAGUGUGGAUUCAAGUGAAGAGAGCUUUUCCGAUUCCGAUGAAGAUAGCUCUCUUUGGAAACGCAAGCGACAGAAAUGUCUGAACCUGCCACCUAAACCAGAGCCUUUUCAGUUUGACCAGAACAGUCAGAAGCCAGCUGUUGCUGGAGGAAAAAAAAUCAACAACAUAUGGGGAGCUGUUCUUCAGGAACAGAGUCAAGAUGCAGUGGCCAGUGAACUUGGUAUCUUGGGGAUGGAAGGCAGUAUUGACAAGAGCAGGCAAUCGGAAACCUACAAUUAUUUGCUUGCUAAGAAACUUAGGAGAGAAUCUCAGGAGUGUACAAAAGAUUUAGACAAAGAGCUAGAUGAGUAUAUGCAUAGUGGCAAAAAACCCGAGUCAAGGGAAGAAGAAAAUGGGCAGGGUCAUCUUAAACGGAAGCGACCUGCCAGAGAGAGACUGGGCUCCAGACUGGAAAUGGAUUACAAAGGCCGCUACGAGAUCUCAGAAGAUGACACUCAGGAGAAGGUGGCUGAUGAAAUUGCUUUCAGGUUACAGGAACCAAAGAAGGAUCUUAUAGCCCGAGUAGUGAGGAUAAUUGGGAACAAAAAGUCUAUUGAGCUUCUGAUGGAAACCGCUGAAGUGGAACAGAAUGGGGGUCUUUUUAUAAUGAAUGGUAGUAGAAGAAGAACACCUGGUGGAGUUUUUCUAAAUCUCCUGAAAAACACUCCUAGUAUCAGUGAAGAACAAGUUAAGGACAUUUUCUACAUUGAAAAUCAAAAGGAAUAUGAAAAUAAAAAAGCUGCUAGGAAGAGGAGAACCCAAAUAUUGGGGAAGAAAAUGAAACAGGCUAUUAAAAGUCUGAAUUUUCAAGAGGAUGAUGACACCUCACGUGAGACCUUCGCUAGUGACACAAAUGAGGCCCUGGCUUCCCUGGGUGAGGCGCAGGAAGGACAUGGAGACGCAAGGCUGGAUGGAGAUGAAGCCUUUGAGGUGGACCACUCACACGACCUGGAUAUAUUUUAAGCACUUUGUGGAUAUUUCCUACAUGUAUAGUGUAACAUUUCUGCUUUCUGCUCUGACUCACUUAGUACUGACAGACAUGAAGAUCUGGAGGCGUUAAUGUAUGUAGGCAAAGGAGUGUGAGGAACUGAAGUGUUCAAGAUGCUCAUGUCUGACACAGCACAGAAAAGUUUGCAGCCCAGGAUUAACAUCUCAGUCUACUGUAUGUGCUGAUGAGUUAUGAGUACCAGCUGAUACUUUGCUUUGAUCCAGUCAUAAUAACACGCCACUCAAAACUUCUGUUAGGUUCUGUUUCUGAUUUGUCUUUGUGCUGAAUUAUGCUAUGGUUUCCAAACAUUCCAUUAGAGCCUGAGGGAACAUGGAAAUUGUUAAACUGUUACAAAUGCAUUCCUAUUCAUGCUAGUUUUUUCUGUGUUAAUAAGAAGUUCAGCAUUUGUGAGUUUUGUUUGUUUGGAGAUAGGAUCUCACUGUAAAUUUCAGGCCGGCCUGAACUGAAUCCUCAGCCUCCUGAAUGUAGGGAUUAUAGGUGUGUGUCCCCCCUGGCUAUUUUCAGGCAAUUCUAAGAACAAGGACUUAGAACAGGCUUCUGUUGUCAGUCCUUUCCACUUGUUUGCAGAGAAACAAAUGUCACAAGCUUUCCAAAGAAACAUUGGUUCUGAACUUCUUGAGUUGUACUUGAAAAACUAUGAUCCACACCUGUGUUUUUAUCAUGGACAUGUAAAAUUCUGAGUGAUGGCCUGCCUAAGAUUUGUUUUACCUUAUGUUAAGGAAGCUAGCUAUUUAUGUCAUAUCUGCAUGAGGUUUCAAAUUACUCAUUUUUAUUAAAGAAAAAAAUAGUGCUUAAGAUGUUUCUAGGGUUAACUAGUUUACAGAAUAAAGCAAAAAUGUGUUCAUGAAACAGAAAAUUGAUUAUUAAGAAAAAGUACAAUUCAGCAAUUAUAAGUGGUCUUUACAGUGUACUUACUGUCUCUUCGAAGUUCCUAAAAGUGUAUCAUUGAAACUUGAAUCUCAGAGGGAAGUGGUUAUUAGUUGCUUUUCAUUUACAAAUUACGCAAAAAUAAAUUUGGUUCUUGGCAGUCCUUAAUGA